UGGUCCAUGCAAAUAUGGCAUCGUAGUUUACAAUUGUUUUACGUAACUCUCAAAAACCCUAAAACAUGGCCUCCACCAGUCUCCGACUUGCCGUCGGUAUCAUGGGAAACGCAGCUUCAUUGUUGCUCUACACGGCUCCCAUAUUGACGUUUUCGAGGGUGAUUAGGAAGAGGAGCACAGAGGAAUUCUCAUGCCUCCCGUACGUUAUAACGCUCUUGAACUGUUUGAUAUAUACGUGGUACGGUCUGCCGGUCGUGAGCCAUCUCUGGGAGAAUUUCCUCGUCGUCACCAUCAACGGAAUCGGCAUCUUUCUCCAAUCGAUUUUCAUUCUCAUAUAUUUCUGGUUCGCUUCACUUAAGGGAAAGAUUAGGGUUUGUGCAACGUUUGUUCCCGUUAUGGUUGCGUUCGCGGUCACCGCCGCCGUGUCGACCGCCGUAUUCCACGACCACCACCACCGGAAAAUAUACGUCGGAAGCGUCGGCCUUGUCGCCUCCGUCGCCAUGUACGGUUCACCGUUAGUCGCUGUGAAGAAAGUGAUAGAGACAGAAAGCGUGGAAUACAUGCCGUUUCACUUGUCUUUCUUCUCCUUCCUCGCCAGCUCUCUUUGGAUGGCUUAUGGAUUACUCAGCCAUGACCUCUUUCUCGCGUCGCCUAAUUUGGUGGGAUGCCCAUUGGGGAUUAUCCAGCUUCUCCUCUACUUCAAAUAUAAAAAUGGACCGACCGUACCCAGAUGGGAUAAUGAGCAAAACAAUGAAGGAGACUCCAAGGGUUCUUCCCAUGGAACAUCACUUGAGCUCGCGGUUGAUGUUCAUGCUUUUGCCCAAGACGACAAGGACAAUAAUCCGUACACUUAAUUGUACAUAUUGGGCCCGAUCUCUCCCGUCGUAUGUAUUGUCGUAUGGUUUCGAUUACAGUGUAACUGUUUCCGUCGUAUGUAUUGUCGUAUGUAUUGUCAUAUUGAGGCAUGUAUUAUAUUUUAGGCAAAUGAUGUAAACAUCAUGUCCCCAUGAUGAUGUGAUGAAUGUUAUGAGUGAAA